AGAAAUGUGGCAUAGUGUGAGAGUAAAGACAAAAUCUCCAAGGACCGUCUUUAGACCGAUAGAUAUUUUGGAGUCAAAGAUUGUUUUUAGGACAGCGAUUAAAUUUCCUAAUGAAAAUUCUGUGACUUCUCAUGAAUACCGACCCAGGCAUUGUUUUUCUUUUUCUUUUCUUUUUUCAUUUAUAUAACCUCUCACUCCAAAUCUUAAUUAAGCUUUUAUAUACCGCAAUCCCUUUCCUUUUUAUCUUUGGAUAAUGUAUACUUUUACAUUAAUGUAUCAGUUUAUUUCAUAUGUUAAACUGUGUAUCUCAUUUCUGUCGCUUAUAUUAUUAAUAAUUUCUAUAAAUCUUUAGCUGACAUUUUCCCCUAAGAUCUUGUAUUUAUCUUCACUGUUCAGUCUCUCUCUGGAAGCGAAAGAGGAAAGGUCACGUUCUUUCUCUUUUACAUAAUUUGAUUUUUCUUCAGCAUUAACUUAAUUUCUUCACCGAGGAUGAUGACAACGCAGAUAGCAAGAACUCCGACCACAGCUUGGUCGACGCUUUUCCCAGCCGAGCAGAAUACCCUGGCGCAGUCGACUCUCUUUGUGAAAAAACUACUAGCCGUUGGACUCUCCUCCAUCACGUACCUGAGGACUCUCUUUCCGGAGGAGGCUUACUGUGACCGCGACCUCAAUGGACUGAAGCUGAAAAUGCUCCAAGACAACUCGGAGUGCCAAGGGGCCAACACACUCAUCUCCUGGAUCAAGAGUGCGUUUCAAGCCUUGGACAAGCAGUAUCAGCUGACUUUAGCUUUACACACCAAUCCUAGGGAAUAUAAUAAAGCCAUCGAGUCGUAUACGUACAAGAUCUCGUAUAGCAAAGACAAGGAAGCUUUCAUCAGUGAGCUAGUUACCAAGAUAGACUCAAUUGAAAAGAGGUAUGAUGUAAGAAGGUCGACCCAAAAGAUGCUACGUACAGUCCUCCUCCUCACCCAGUCUCUCAAACCACUGCCCAGCAAAGUCUUUCUCACUAUGCAGCUACAGUACUAUGAUGAUGUUACUCCCCCUGAGUAUGAGCCAGUGGGAUUUAAGCCUGCAGCACCCACAGACAGCCACAGUCUUUGUGACCCAGUUACAAUAAAGGUUGGUGAUGUCUGUACACCUUUCCAUACUGUCAGGCUUCGAGUAACUGUGAACAAGGCUGUUUAUUCUGCUGCUAAAGAGGAAAAUGAACGGGAAGACAUGACAAUAACUGAAGACAAGGAGAAUGCCCGGGCAGGGAAAGAACAGGCAGAAGCAUCUGGGCUAGAGAAUCCAGAGAAUCCUCUGCCUUCUAGUGAUCCUGUUGUCAUCCGCUGCCUUAAGCGCUCCAAAAAGCACUUUGCUGACCUUGUUCCACAGUCAGGUCACAGCCUACCUCCCAAGGAUGACCAAGAAUCAAGCAUGUGUUUUGGCCAAGACAAGCAAGAUUCAACUAGUGCUGAUCAGCUAAGGUCUGAAAGCACCCCCCAAGAUGACUGUGUGCCAAGUAUCACUCCUGUGUCCAAGUCCUGCUCAGUGGCACAGGUUGUUUCAACUGGGAGUGGUGAGGAAGUACAGAUUGUCCCUGAGGUUGAACCAAAGGAGGACCAUGACAGGUGUACCAGUGUUCGAAGAAGUCUCCGCUUACUCUCCCUCCCAUCUGCUGUUACCCCCAAUGUAUCAGGAAAUAUGAGUCACACAUCAGCCCUGAAAGAAAAUGAAGAGCCUGUGAGGUGUGAAUGUGGGGUGCACCAUGAUGAUGGCCUAAUGAUACUAUGCGAUAUCUGCAAAACAUGGCAGCAUGCUUUGUGCUUCAAAUUGUCAAAAAAGGAUGAGGUUCCUGAGCGGCAUGUGUGCCUGCAGUGCUCUAUCACCUCAGGCUUGCCUUGUACUGAUUCCUCCUUCAAGGACAUGACCAAGGAGAAGAUCCAGCAGGUAUGCCUUAUCCGCCGUGCUUUGGAAUUCCUAAAGGGAUACCAUGUCAGGGUGACAGUCACCAAACUGGGCCAGCGCCUUGGAGUGGACAUUUCACAGGCUCAGAAGCUCAUGGAACACUUGGACGCCAUGAUGGUCUUUGAGGAUAGAGGGAAAAGGAGGCGUCGAAUGGUAAACAAAGCCAAAAUAAAUUCAGCAUAUUCAGAAUACUUUGGCGGUCAGUCAGUGCUUAUGGAAGGAGAAUUUGAAGAUACGCAGUUACUGCAGACACCCAGUCAAGCACACCAAGAGGUAGGCUGGGAUUCUGAUAUGACACCUGACCUCAACUCGCCAAUGCAAGUUUUAGACAGUGAAAUGGAGAGCUCCUGCAAUACUCCUACCCCUGACUCUCAGGCCACACAAGUUGUAGAAGACACAGACAGCCAGAGGACCACCCAGUUCAUUAAAGAGCCCCAAGGGGAACGACUUCUCUACACACAGGAAGGGGAAGUCGUAGAUAGCACUCAGGAUGUCCCAGUUGGAACACAGAUUAUUACUCUUGGGACUGGUUUGGAUGAGACCUUCAGCAAUUACAGCCCAGGCAGUGCAUCUCAGGCUGUUGCAACUGCUGGGAACACUGUUGCAACAUUAGGGGAAGAAGUUGGAGAAAUGACCAACAUCUGUUCUCAUCCUUUUAACAGCACUACUCUAGCUGAUGCAGACACAGUACAAGUCAGCACAAGCAGUUGCAAUGAGACAUCAGUGAUUAACACUUUUGUCACAGAACCAGCCAGCACAAGUCAGGGACACACUGCAGAGAAUCCAGGAAAGUCUGCCCCACUUGUUUUUGAGUCAGCUGACCUUCAAGAAUUACCAGGUGCCUCGAACCUCCAGGAGCACAAAUCGCAGGUGAAUAUUGAAGCAUUACAAGAAGUGGCAUGUAGUAGUGUGGAGUUACAUGUUGAAAAUCCUGUGUCACGAAGGGCUCUAAUGACACGGAGCAACAGACUGUCACGAAACAAGGCCAAACUGCCAGUUACAAUGAACCUGAAUGACUUUGAAAUCAGCAGCUCCCAGGGUUCCCCAACACCAGAGCAUCACCAUAAGGGAAAGAGAGCCAAGAUUUUGUAACCAAAUACAUGAAGAUUUGGAAAGAAUGGGAGAGAUUAUGAAAUACACAAGAAAUCAAGUUCAGUUUAACUUUCAAAGAUGCUGUUUUCUUAGCCAAGAUUUGCUUAUAUUUCCAAUUACAGUAUCAUUUAUUUGGAGGGGAAAUUGUUAGAACUCAUGAAUGCAGGACAAUUUUAUGAUUUUGUUUUGAGACUAUGUCAGUUAAAUCUUCUAAGGAAUGUUUGCUGAAAAUUACUUUCAGGCUAUUAUUCAUUGGUGGAAUUUUAGUGGAAAAUUUCAGGUUUAAGUUU